ACGAAGGUUGGCUGGCUUUUGAAGAUUUGAUAUUUGGUGUUUCCUCUCACCUGAGUUUAGUUAAAUCCGUGCCUCUUACUCUAUAGAGUCUCUCCAACCAAAAUUAAUUUCUAAAGAGAAUCUCCCACCGUUGCAGUUACCAUCAUUCUUGUCUCUUCUUCUCCGAUCUCCAUUUUCGCUUCCUCUUUUCCGAGCUUCUUCUCAGUUUGGUGGUCAAUUUAGUCAUCUCUUCCCCAUCUUCGUCGCAGCAAACAGCGGCUCUGUUUCCACUAGCGGAAAAUCCUCACUAAUUUUUUCCUCUAACAGACAACCCAUUUGACUACUCUGCUUUCCUUUUACAAUCUCCUUUGCUACCCAUUUAAAUCUUCUCUCGGAUCUGUCUGUAAAUUCCAAGCCAUCUUGGGAUUUGUGAUCUUGGAAUACUAAUUCCGUAGUCUGCACUGAACUGAUCGAAACACUGGGAGAAAGAACAAGUGGGUUUGCCUUUCCAUUUGAGGUGGCGAUGGUGAUGGUGAUCGAGAUUCUGGGCUUCUCUCGAGCUGGGAAAUUCUGAUUUGUACAAGAUUCACGUGAUGGGUGUUGAGGUACUUAAAUUGCCUCUCUGGCUUCUGGUAGUGUUGUCUUUCGUACUCAUCUCCAUGGGAUAUGUACCUGUAGACAAUUACCUGAUAGAUUGUGGAUCACCCACCAACACAACGGUGAUGAAUCGUGUUUUCCUUGCUGACAACUCCCAAUACCUUAAGACCCAACUGGAUAUUAUGGCCAACAAUUCGAAUUCCAUCUCUUCUCCUCUGUAUCAAACAGCCAGAAUCUUCAAUGGAACAACCACUUACACGUUUCCAAUCCUCAAUCAGGGGCGGCACUGGAUACGCCUCUACUUCUUCCCGUUUCAAUACCAUAAAUACGACAUGGCUAUGGCAAACUUCUCAGUUACCGCCCAAAAUUUUGUCCUCCUCAGUAGUUUCGAUAAACAGAAUAGUUCUGUGGUCAAAGAAUACUCCCUGCCUGUGACUUCAGACAAUCUCGUCCUCACCUUCACCCCCGCUGACCAUUCCUUCGCCUUCUUAAAUGCCUUGGAGGUUGUUUCGGUCCCUGAUGCCCUGAUCACCGAUAAUGUCCAAACUAUUAAUCCUAACGGUGUAUUUCAUGGUCUGUUGAACGAAGCCUUAGAGACUGUCUGGAGGGUGAAUAUGGGUGGACCACGGGUCACAUCCCAGAAUGACACCCUUGGGAGAACUUGGGUUCCUGACCAGAACUUUCUACUGCUCCAGAAUCUUGCCCAGUCUGUAUCCGGGAAUGUCAAGUAUGUGCCAGGUUUAUCCACCAGGGAUAUCGCUCCUGAUCCUGUCUAUAACACCGCCACAGAGAUGAAUUCAGUAAAUGCAACCAACCCAAAUUUCAAUGUGACAUGGAAGUUCGACGUGGACGCUGGUUUUCAGCAUCUGAUUCGAUUUCACUUCUGUGAUAUAGUAAGUACGGCUCUCAACCAGCUCUACUUCGAUGUCUAUGUUAAUAGUUGGGAUGUUGCUCCAGAUCUUGAUCUCAGUACUCUAACGGAUAAUAGCUUGGCCGUUGCAUAUUACAUGGACUUUGUUCUGGGACCAAGUACCAGCACCGUGCUCCUUGUAAGUGUUGGGCCAUCUGCUACUAGUGUUACCCCAAAUGCCAUUUUGAAUGGGCUGGAGGUCAUGAAAAUGAGUGAUUCUAGGGGCAGCCUUGAUGGCGUGGCCUUUAUCUCACAGAAUGGUUCAAAGAAGAAGGUUGGUCUGAUUGUGGGUGUGGCUCUUGGGGUGUUUGUUGCAGUGGUCUUGGUUGCUGUCCUCUUCUUAAUAUUGUGCAGAAGCCGACGACUGGCACGUUAUCACCCUUCAAAAUCAUGGGUUCCUUUCUCCUUUAAUGGAGGGAAUACUCAUUCCACAGCAAGCAAAUUUGCCAAUGAAACUACAACUAGUGUCGCCACACAACUUGGUUUCAGCUUUCCUUUUGUGGCACUGCAGGAGGCCACAAACAACUUUGAUGAGAGCUGGGUUAUUGGCGUUGGUGGUUUUGGGAAGGUAUACAAGGGAGUUCUGAAAGAUGGAACAAAAGUGGCAGUGAAGAGGGGUAAUCACCUGUCCCAACAGGGCCUUACAGAGUUCCAGACUGAAAUUGAAAUGUUAUCUCAGUUCCGCCACCGUCAUCUGGUCUCACUGAUUGGGUACUGUGAUGAGCGAAAAGAAAUGAUCCUCGUUUAUGAGUACAUGGAAAAUGGGACCCUCAAGAAUCAUUUGUAUGGCUCAAAUCUUCCCAGCUUGAGUUGGAAACAGAGGCUUGAGAUAUGCGUUGGAUCGGCCAGAGGACUUCACUACCUUCAUACUGGUUCUACAAAGGCGAUUAUACACCGUGAUGUUAAGUCUGCCAACAUCUUACUUGAUGAGAAUCUCAUGGCGAAGGUUGCGGAUUUUGGGCUUUCCAAGACAGGGCCUGAGCUUGAUCAGACCCAUGUCAGCACUGCAGUUAAAGGGAGUUUUGGAUAUCUUGAUCCAGAGUAUUUUAGAAGACAACAACUGACAGAGAAGUCGGAUGUCUACUCAUUUGGGGUUGUUUUGUUCGAAGUCCUUUGUGCAAGACCUGUUAUCGAUCCCUCCCUUCAAAGAGAGAGGGUGAAUUUGGCUGAAUGGGCUAUGCAUUGGCAAAAGAGAGGACAGUUGGAGCAAAUCAUUGAUCCUAAUCUUGCUGGUAAAAUUAGGCCUGAUUCUCUGAGGAAAUUCUCAGAGACAGCUGAGAAAUGUCUGGCCGAAUAUGGGGUUGACCGCCCCUCUAUGGGGGAUGUGUUAUGGAAUCUAGAAUAUGCACUUCAACUGCAGGAGGCAGCUGCUCUGAAUGAAUCCGACGAGAACAGUACUAAUCAGAUAGGUGAGCUCUCCUCGAUGGUAAACAAUAUCAGCCAUGAGGAGAAUAGUGCUACUUUUGAGCAUUUUGAGUCAUCCCAUGUGGAUGAUAUUUCGGGGGUUUCAAUGAGUAAGGUUUUCUCCCAGCUGGUGAAAGCUGAAGGAAGAUAGUUGAAAGGCAAAGAGAUUUUCUGGAGCUAAUUGUAUCAAUACCAGCCUGUCCCACCACCACCCAAAAAAAAAGCUUCAGUGGUUCCUGCCUUGUACAGGAGGGGGGAGGUUGUUUCAUAGGAGGACCCUCUGAUGCAGUUGAAGCUUCCUCGGUUGGUCUUAGUGGUAAAGCGUUUCAUUGCAUACAAAUUAUUAUCAUUGAACUAGCUUGAUUUGCAGAAACAACUCACAUACCAUUAUCAUUCUUCUUUAUAUUUUGUGAAUCUAGGCAUAUUUGCUCAAUGGUUUGAUAACUCUGUUUUGUUAUUUGACGCUGUACAGUACAGUGAUUUUGAUCUUCUCUUAUUUUUCUUUGUUGUUGAUUUUGGCUGUAAGACUAUUCCUUUCUAUGAAUUGUGUAAAAUAAUGGGUUGCCACUCGCAAACACAACCUAUUGACAAGGCUCACCUAUUUU